AUGUUCAGAAAAUUGAAAAGCAAAGACUACUGGCCAGGUGUGCAGCAAGAUGUCCUCACCUUUGGAGAAAACUUUUCCUACCUUUGGAAGGGCAAUGCUUGCUCAAGUUAUCAAAAUGAAACAGGAGGCAAUGAUAAAAACAGCAUCGUGCACCGGGUCAAGAGACCCUUGAAUGCAUUCAUGGUGUGGUCUCGUGACCAGAGGCGCAAAGUGGCUCUGGAGCAUCCCAACUUGCAAAACUCAGAGAUCAGCAAGUGGCUGGGGUACCAGUGGAAAAUGCUUACUGAAGCCGAAAAAUGGCCAUUCUUUCAGGAGGCCCAGAGACUGCAGGCUAUGCACAGAAGGAAAUAUCCUGACUAUAAGUAUCAACCUCGCCGGAAGACUAAGACGCUGCAGCAGAGUAGCAGUUUGCUGCAUUCAGAAACCUCCUUAAACCCUGGUGGCCAAGCACACUUGGAGGAGAUGCUGUGUGCCUUGCCCUGCAGGGAAGGCUUUACUGAGGCUAAGCACUCAGGACUGAAGAACGAGCUAAUGAUGAGCCACUCUCAGCCCAUGGACACAGCCAACUUGCUACUGCAACAGAAGGGCCACAGCACCUCCCCAAACCCAGGACAAUUAGAAACCUGGCUACAUGGACACUCAGUUUAA